GCUCUGCGUGCUUCGUGAGUGCGUGCGGCAGCAAGAAAAUAAUGUGCCUUGUGGACGAACUGGCGUCGCGUGCGUACGGCGCGCACCCUCCCGGAUUGGUGGGCUCGCAGUACCACGCUCAUCCUGGCUUGCCGGGAGUGCCCGUCAUCUCCCCUGUUUUCCCUCUGCGUGUUUCCCUGUGUGGGUGUGUAGCGCCUCGCCGCCGCGCCCCAGCCACGGCCAGGUGUGGCAGGCGUAGGGUGCAGGGUGUGGGGCGGCCGGAGUGUCAAGCGAGUGUUCGCCUUCUAUAUAGUGGGAAAGUGAGCACCGCUGUCGCCAGCGCAGGAGGGAGGCGGGUCUCCCAACCUGCAUGAGAGGCGCCCUCGUCCUCAGCAUCCUGCGGCCUUUGUGAACUGUUGAUUUUAAGUGUUAUCCCCGCCAGUGAGCAGUGAGAUUAGGGUGCAAGCUGCCGGGAGAUGCGAAGGGCGGCGGCGAGCAGCAGACGCGUCGGGGGCUGCAGAUGACCACCCCGCUCGCCGUAUGGUCCCGUUCGUGCCCUGCCUUCAAGAAAUCGUGAACAUUCCGCUUAUCUGAGUCACAGUGCUGGUGUAGGGUGAGGAGGGCGUGUGGGCGGGGUGCGUGGGGGCCGCGGGCGGUGGUGGUGCCAGGGAGAGUUGCCGCCAAGGCGCUCAGGCACGCCCCUGGCAUCUGGGGAAACACAUUUUUUCCCCACCUUCAUUUUUACUCCCUUGACUUCGGGUCUUUAAAGGGAUAUAAUUUCGACUGUGGGCGAGGUGAGGCGUGACAUGAUCUGUGCCCACCUGUGUACUAUAUGUGGUUGAUGGUGGUGGUGGUGGUGCCGGAAAACACCUGCGCGGAACAGCUGCUGAAGGAGGUCAUUCCCAGCCCACACCUGUGUACGGCUGCGGAAGGCUGUACUGCCAUGGCCGUGAGUGUUUGGGGGAGGGAAAGUGAGAGAGUAGCUGGGUAAUGUAAACACAGGCGGCGAGCUUUGUGUGCGCGCGGCAGCUGGACGCAAGAACGCUGUUCCCAGCUGUUGUUAUGUCACCGCGGGACUAAAGGUACAAGAACAGACCGGGCACUCGUGGAUGGAGUGAAUGGACAUCACCAAGAGACAACUGACGACUGAGUUGCGCUCGCAGCUGAACGAGCAGCUGAGAGCGCUCGAUGGCCGCGUGGACACGCAAACAGCCUUGGUGGGGGAGCUGCAGGACUGGUUCAGGCGCCGCGCAGAGCUCCACCAGGACUAUUCCUUCAAGCUGGACAAGCUGGCAAAGUCCCUCCAGGCCAGGCACAAGGAACAGAAGUACAAACGUGAACAGCUGCAUCUGUUAAGUGUGUACAGCUGCUGGAACUCUUUGGUGAACCAAACGAGGAAAGAUGCACGAGAUCAUGCUGCCAUGGCUGACGUCUACCUCAACAACAUCAUUCCCCGGUUCACUCAAGUCCAGGAUGAUGUUCAGCGAAUAUACAAAAGGUGCCGAGAAAUUGGAUAUGAUAGCCAUGAGGAGCUGCUUAAAGUGCUACAUGAGCUACACACAACCAUGCGCACCUACCACACAUACCAGACGGAGUACAAGAAUGCUGAGACCAAACUUCGCAAUUUUGAGGCUCAGAGAAGCAAGCUGGAACAAGUCAUUCCCAAGGAGAAGCUGGAAAAGAACAAGAAAUUUAGACUUAUUGAAAAGGAAAUUCAGAAGAGAAGUAAUAAGCACAUGGAUGCCAAGCUGAAGGCUUUGAAGGCAAGAAAUGAAUACAUCCUCUCGAUGGAUUCUGCUAAUGCUGCCAUCCAUAAGUACUUUGUGGAAGAUCUUUCAGAUAUUGUUGAUUGCAUGGACUUCGGAUUUCACAGCAGUAUAGCCCGAGCCCUCCUGACCCAUGUGUCUGGCCAGGAGUGUCUGCGCAGAAGCUUGCAGAGUGGCAUCGAUGACAUCAACAAGACCAUCAACAACCUGGACUCCCGUCUCGACAAGCAGAGAUUCCUGGAGUUCAACAAUGCUGCCUUCAUGCUGCCCAAGAAGUUUGAGUUUCAAGGACACAAAGGGGAUGAGACUCAUGAGAGCUCCACUACAACACAGGUGAACCAGGUGGUGGUUAACCGCCAUGUGCAGGAGGAGAUGGAGAAGCGCUAUGCUCACCUGGUUUCCAGACUUACCAGUCUCAAGACUGAGUCAGAGGAGACAUGGAAGACGAUUGAGACAGCAGAAAAGACUCUCAUGGAGAUGAUCAACCAACGAGAUUACGACUGUGCUCACUAUUUUGUUGACGAGCCGAGGCCAGACAACAAGCAGCCUGAGUCCAUGUUGAUCAAGAUGAAGGCAGACCGGCAGGAGACUGAGGACUUUUAUUUAAGUAAAUUCCGUGAAUACACUCUUGGAAGCAAUCUCAUCACACGGUUACAAGCACGAUAUGAGCUGAUGAGGAAGGCACUAGGGGAUGAGACACAAGCCUCCUCCUCCCCCACACCAACAAGGAAUUUGGUGAACAAGCCACGUCGGCGCCGCAUUGGUCGAAACCCUCUGAUGGGGCAGCCCAAGCUGUUUGGUGGGUCCCUUGAAGAGUACCUGGAAGUUUCAGGACAAGAGAUUCCUCUCAUCAUGAAGUCCUGUAUCAGGGUCAUCAACCUUUAUGGCCUGCACCACCAAGGGAUAUUCAGAGUCUCAGGAUCCCAGGUGGAGAUUAACAACUUCCGGGAAUCCUUUGAGAGGAUGGAGGACCCCUUGGCUGAUGUGACUGAUGCCUCAGACAUCAACAGUGUUGCUGGUGUGUUAAAGUUAUACCUGCGGGAGCUACGGGAGCCACUCUUCCCAACAGUGUUCUUUGAUCAGUUCAUGGAAAUUGCUCCUCUAGAAAAGAAACAUGAUUUUGUGGUCAAGAUGAGAGAUGUUGUGACCAGUCUUCCCCGCCCAGUGUUUGUUGUGAUGCGUUACCUCUUUGCCUUCCUCAACCAUUUGUCAGAGUUUAGUGAUGAGAACAUGAUGGACCCAUACAACCUGGCCAUCUGCUUUGGCCCCACACUGGUGCCCAUCCCUGAGGACAAGGAUCAGGUCCAGUACCAGAACCUGGUAAAUGAGCUCAUCAAGAACAUCAUCAUCUUCAGUGAGGAUAUCUUCCCUGGUGAUGGUGGUCAUGUCUAUGAGAAGUACAUCUCCCGGGACUCAAUAGACCUUGAGGUGGAAGUGGGCGAUGCACCGUCAGAGGCUCCUGAUGAUGUUGACUCUGAGCCAGGCCAGUCUGAGGACGAUUCAGUAUUUAGAGACAAAGAUAUUGCCCUUCAGAUAUUUGGAAAAAGUGAAAUAUUGGAGGCCAUUGCACAGUUUGACUUCUUGGCACGGUCUGAGAGGGAGCUGAGCUUCAACAAGGGGGACGUGCUGGUGUUGCACUCCCAGGUGUCCAGCGACUGGUGGCGAGGUUCAUUCCAAGGGAAACAGGGCCUCAUCCCUGACAAGUAUAUCCUUCUCAAAAUCAGGGAUGAGGACAAGGACCGCUUGAGUGACCGAGGUGCAGCAGAUCAGUUACGUAGACGUGCAUCGUCAUCCUCCGAGUCCAUCCUUUCAUCCUCCACCCAGCAAUCUUCUGAGGGAGUAAUCAAGCCUACCUCACAAAAUGGGGCAACUCAGGCUCCUCUCUCACCCUCACCAGCUUCAAUGCAGAGCCAGGACUCAUGUGCCAGCCCAGUGAGUCGCGAUGACCUGGGAGGAGCCUCCUCCUCGCUGGGGCUGGACUCUGGCGGGGUGUCAGACGGGGCACAAGCUGACGGAGGCCGCUCCACUUCUCCGCUGCCCAGCACCCCAGGGCAGGCCUCCCACUCCCCCACCCCCCCACACUCCCUGCAACAUGGGGCUUGUCUCUCCCUCUCAGAUGUGUCGAGUAUCGUGUCUGUCCAGGAGGAGGAGAGACAGUUCGUCAGUAGUGAAUGCUCUCUGCAGGUCUCCAUGCCGGGUGAAGGUGGAGGUCAACCCUCCUCCUCCCCCUCUUCCCCCCAACCCUCCCGGCAUCCCUCCUGCCCCCUCCUUGAGCCGGUGACCCAGUCUGUGGCCCCUGCAUUGGUGGCGGAAACAAAUGAAGAAGCCCAGAUGGAGGAGUCUCCGAAGGGCAAAAACCUGGAGCAGUUAAGCUCCAGCAUGAUCAGUUCCUCCACCAGUGGUGACUCAGCAACACGGGGGCCACUGUCUCAAAGCAUGUUAGAAGUUCAUGAUGAUGCAGGGGAUCGAGGAGUUGGGGGUCAGUGGGAGUUAAGGCCAAGGUGCCCUUCCCAGAGCUCCAACCUAUCCUCGAGUAGUUCAGAAGAGCGGCUCAACCACUCUUCACCCUCGCCUCGCACAUUCUGGGAGCGACGGGCAAAGCUGAAACCAGCAGCAGGAGCUCCUGAUUUGGUGAUGGAUCUUCCAGUCACACCAUUAUCGUCUUCCCCAAAGGAGCAGGGUGGCAUCAGUCCCAGGAUACGACGCCCCCACCUUCAUCGCGAAAGUCAGAGUUAUGAUAGUUCCUCCUCAUCAGGGGGAUCAUCACCACGCACACAGUCUCCAGACAUGACACCUGGUGAAGUGUUUGCAAAACAAAACUUAAACACACUUAAGAAAACUCCAGCCCUAAAGACUUUUGGGAGUCAUAGUACUGAUGCCCAAACCCAGACUUUUCUUGCACAUAAGUUGACAUCCUCUCUCAGCUUAUCCCAAAGGAGCACUGAGUCUACAGAGUUAAGGAUAACAGAGGCAGAAGAACCAACUUCAGUCUCAACCAUUGUUCGUACUCGAGAUCCUCCCAUGCAGUCCAUAGACUCAGAGGGGCGUAGUGAACGUAAAGUGUCCUCUGAUGUACGAGUGGAAAUAAGGUCAGCUUCAGAUAGGCCACCAGAAGGACCUGCACCUUCCACUCCCAAACUGAGGUACCUGGAGGCUGUGGCAUUAUCAACAGGUGGAGCACCAUCAGUUUUGAAGCCGCCUGUUCGAGUGAAACCAUCCGUUCUCAAGAAGCCUUCAUUAACAAGAGGAUCACCUGAACCUGAACAAUCCAAGUAAAUAAUUGGUUGCAAAAUUAAUGAGAGCAUGGUUUAACCUUUGAUUUGUAAAACUGCAUAUAAACCUCAGACACUGAAAGUAAUAUUAUACUUAGUUAUGUUACUAAACUUAAAUGAAGUAUAAUUUUUUAACAAGGUGUGCAUUUGUCAGUCAUAAACAAAAAUAGUUUGUUGACAGGGGAAGUGGAUAUGAGGGCAUCUCCCCCUCUCUUUCAUGAGAUGCUUAAUUUGUAUCUAGUGACAAUUUUCUUUAUAAUGUGACAAUCUUAGUUCCAGAAAUUUUUAGAUAAAGUUUUUAGUAUUAAGCAUCUCUCUACAGUUGAACUUAAUUUACUGUCAUUGAAAUUUGUAUUAGUGUGCCUCAUGUUAUGAGGGCAAAAUGUAUCAGUCAUUGUGUAUUGUGCUGAUCUGACGAAUUAGAUGCAAUGCCUUGUAUGACUAAAAUUGUUACCAAUUAUUCCCUUAAGAUCCUAUUGAACCAGUUUGUAAUCAUAUAUUGGCAAGAAUGUAUUAUGUAUAUUGAAUUAAGUGAGCAGCAAAAAGCAGAGGGUCAGCAGCAUGGGACUUAUUGCAAAUGCUUGAAUGAAGGGAACAAAUUGCUCAAGGUCUUGGUGCAAGGGCAAGGACAUAAAUCUUCCAAUGGAAUUUAUUUUUAGCAGUAUUGGUGACACCUUCAGCCUUUAGUCAGUAUGUAUUAAGGUUAAAUGGUUAUGUGAUUAACACAGAAAAUCAUGAGAAGGGUAAUCAAGGUCAAUUAUGUCGGUGUUUUAGAGCUGAAAUGAAGAAUUUCAGCAAAAAUUCACAUCAGUAUUAAAUUCAUAGUUCAAGUCCACUAAAAUUACAUAUGGAUGUAUGUAUGUGUGUGUGUAAAAUAUAUAGUAUGUGUGUUAAUUGCAUUUUAGACUGGAUAAACACCAUGUGAGCUUGAUGCACCAUCUGGAAGGUACACACCUAGUCAAUGGGACAAUGCUCAGAGUAUUGAAUACGUAUCCCCAGAAAUGAGUAGAAACUCCAGAAGAGCACCUGUCCAAGUGAGAACUGAAUAUUUUCUUAAUGAAAUUAUGACUGAAGUGCUUUAUAUCAGAUGGUGUUAAUGCUGAUACUGAAUGGUGCUUUCACAGUGGUGAAUUGAUACAGAUUUCGAUCACAGAGUUGAAUGUGGGGAACUGACAGAAAACAGGACUUAGGGGAGGGCUCAAUAUAGUGUAAACCGUGACGAACCAUUCCUGUACAUACAUCGCGUGAGAAUGGUGAGUGAGUGAGCUCGAGUAGUGUUUAUGAAGAACAGUACACUGUACAGUACUGUGCCAGGACUGCCAAAACGCUUCAUACUCGAGCUUAUUGAAAUUCCAGGAAACUGCUCAUCCUACUCAUGUUUGUAAACAUACCAAACAAUUAAGAUGUAAGUGAUUAGUUUAUAGUGAAGCAUGAAGCACAGUUAUGUGAUACAUGAUAAAGGACCAAUCUGCUAAGUGCUUAUUUUCCUAUACAAUAACUGUAGUGAUGGAAACAUUAUUCUUUCCAUUCUAGCAGCCUAUGGAUUUGAGAGGUUCACUGGUGGAUUAUUGAAUAUAGAUCUGAACAUCCCUAUAUGUACAUACAUGUAUGAUUUUUCCCAAAUCCACAACCCAUGACACAAGGGCACACAGACAAGGAAAGUCAUUCCCUUAGAAGAAAAUCAUGGUUCAGAAAGAAAUCUUGGAAGCCUGUAACUCAAGAUUACUAGCAGUAGGUAUGUGUGUGUGUUAUUGUGUAACACACACACACACACACACACACACACACACACACACAAACAUUCAUGAUUUUAAGGAAAAACUGGAUAAGAGUGGAUAUGGAGACGGGACAGCGCGAGCGUAGCUUUUUUCCCGUAUGUCACAACUAGGUAAAUACACACACACACACACACACACACACACACACACACACACACACACACACCACACACACACACACACCACAUCACAUCACAAGGUCCAAGCUUGUUCGGGGAGAAAGGAUAUUGGCUGGCGAUUGCGAGUCCAUUCCAUGAUCAGAUCAUGGUGAAUAACACACACACACACACACACACACACACACACACACACACACACACACACACAGAA